AUGUCCAACAUCAAAGUAGGAGACAUAGACACCGGCGGAGAAUCCAAGACGGGCACAUCCGGCACCCUCAGCUUCCUCGACUUUGGAGCAGGCAGCGACGGGCCCAGCGCAGCCUCUGGAGACGCCAAAGCCGGCGGAGACGGCGAUCUCAACGUCGGCCAAAACGGCCGACAGGGCGUCACCGUCGGCAACAUCAGCACCGGCGGCAAGGCUACCACCGGUGGCGCCUACACCGUCAGCUGCCUGAGCGCAAGGCUCGGCGGGAAGGGGGUGUCUUCAAAGUCGGGCAACGCGACUGCCGGUGGCCGCGGCAACAUCAACAUAGGCUGA